AGGCAUUGCACCAGACACAACGGGAACUACGGAGGCCGAGGAGGGGGUGUGUAUCUCUCUCUGGGUCCUUUCCCUCCCAGAAGCCCGCGGGCGGCCUGGGUGCUCAAGUUCUACUUCCACGAGGCGCUGCGGGCCUUUCGGAGUAGCCGGUACGGGGACUUCAGGCAGAUCCGGGACAUCAUGCAGGCGUUGCUUGUCAGGCCCUUGGGGAAGGAGCAUACGGUGUCCCGGUUGCUGCGAGUUAUGCAGUGUCUGUCGCGCAUUGAAGAAGGGGAAAAUUUAGACUGUUCCUUUGAUAUGGAGGCUGAGCUCACACCCCUGGAAUCAGCUAUCAAUGUUCUGGAGAUGAUUAAAACAGAAUUUACACUGACAGAAGCAGUGGUGGAAUCCAGUAGAAAACUGGUCAAAGAGGCUGCUGUCAUUAUUUGUAUCAAAAACAAAGAAUUUGAAAAGGCUUCAAAAAUUUUGAAAAAAUACAUGUCCAAGGACCCUACAACUCAGAAGCUAAGAACUGAUCUCCUGAACAUUAUCCGAGAGAAAAACUUGGCACACCCUGUUAUCCAGAACUUUUCCUAUGAAACCUUCCAGCAGAAGAUGUUGCGCUUCCUAGAGAGCCACUUGGAUGACACGGAGCCCUACCUCCUCACGAUGGCCAAAAAGGCAUUGAAAUCUGAAUCUGCUGCUUCAAGUACAGCGAAGGAAGAAAAGCAGCCAGUCCCAGAGCCAGUGGAAAAGCCACUGAGAGAGCCUUCAAGACAGCCCCGGAACACUCCAACCACCAUUGGAAUCAGGACCCUGAAGGCAGCUUUCAAAGCUCUGUCAACUGCACAAGACUCAGAGGCGGCUUUUGCAAAACUGGACCAGAAAGAUCUGGUACUUCCUAAUCUAGCAUCCCCAUCAUCACCAACCCACAAAAACAAGAGACCCAGGAAAGAUGAAAAUGAAAACUCAGCUCCUGCUGAGGGUGAGGGAGGCUCAGAACUGCAGCCCAAGAACAGUCGCAUGACAAUAAGCAGAUUGGUUUUGGAGGAGGACAGCCAGAGUACUGAGCCCAGCCCAGGCCUCAACUCCUCCCCGGAGGCCAUGUCAGCAUCACCAUCCAAGCCCAGAGCUCUCAACCAACCCCACACAGGGGAGAAGAAUCCCAAAGUGUCCAACAAGUGGAACAGCCCUAAUGGGCUUGAAGGAAAAGAAAUUUGGAUGGAAGAGGACCAGCUGUUUGAAGUUCAGGAAGCACCAAAUGAAGACAAGUCAGCCACUUUUGUAACAAGAAAGCAGAAGUGGACCAUAGAAGAAAGCGAGUGGGUGAAGGCUGGAGUGCAGAAAUAUGGGGAAGGAAACUGGGUUGCCAUUUCUAAAAGUUACCCCUUUACUAACCGAACAGCUGUGAUGAUUAAAGAUCGAUGGCGGACCAUGAAAAAACUUGGCAUGAACUGAAAAAGGCUCUCAUUUCCACAGGAUUCACAAGAACAUGGUCUGAACAGUAGUCACUGAUGUUCUGAUGUCUUUCAGAAACUAGACUGAGAUGAGAAUUGUGGGCAACCUCUUUCUGUCCAGGGAGGUUCCAUGUACACUCCCAUCACUGUUGGAAUUGAUGGAGCUGAGAAGUAAAGCCAAGUCCACCCCGUGUCUGCAGCAGAGGUGACAGGCACACAGCUUGUACAGUACCAGAAUAUCAUUAGUGUUUCCCUUUAGUGGUUUGCUUCAUUUUGAUCCCCAGUAAUCCAUAGAACCUUCUCCUAAGAAAUGAUGGAAUCCAUUAGGAGUACUUACGAUCUCAAGACCUGUUAAAUCCAGCAAUGUGAGCCUUAUCUGGAAUGUACUUAAUCCAAUCUUCAUUGAGUGUCGGCCUCCUAACUCAAGAACAAAGGAUCUCUGUGUGUUGAGCCCAGACGAGAGAUUGUCAGUCCUUGUGAAAUCUGAUUUCUUUUAAAAAUUGUGUAUCCACUUGCAUCUUCAACCCUGGACCUAACUGCCUUGGCAUUCGCUGUUAACGAAUGCUGGGCUACAUGGCAGGUUUAUCCUCCACACUUUUCAUGUGGUUAAACAAGUGUUCUGUUUUGUUUUUUGUUUUUUUUUUUUUGUUUUUUUUUUUUUUUGGUAGAAUGGUGAUUGUAGAUAAGCUUAGCUUCCCACCGCACCCCAAACCCCUUCUCAGAGCCUUUCCUUAUGCUGUACUUUUAAAGCUUAAAAAUCAAUCCUGGUUGAAUACAAUGCCUAACUCAUCCUCUGUGAAAUGGUUGCUCCCAUACUUCCCUAGUUGUGCUAUGUUCGUGUCUUAUACAGGAAUCCAACAUCCCUUUUCCUUUCGUACAGUGUUGUGCUUGCUUUUCUCUCAGACAACUUAAAAACUGUCUUUUCAGCAAAACAAAAAUGAAAAAAAUUCAGUUAA